CAAUUUCAAUCAAUAUGGCCGACUGAAGCAAAAUUUCUAUUUCCUGUUUGAUAAUUUCCGCUGUAAACAAAAUGUAAAGGAAAAAUAGAAGGCAAUAUAUGUGUUAAAAGUCCUGACCAAUGUUUCAGAAAAGAGUUUUACUUGGAGACUCAUUCCACCAAUUUUAAAAUCAAAUUUACGAAAGAGAAAAAAACGAUAGAAUGAUGUCAUCAGACUGGGGUAAGAGAGCCACUAGUAGGAUUGAUCGCUCACAGUUUGAGAACGAUGAACUUUUACAGCAGCUUGGUACACAAUUUGAUGUCAAUUUUACCGAUUAUGACAAAUGGACAAGGAAAACAAAAACAAGGCCAACUGUAAGAGAAGCACAAAAAGAGCAAGCAAAGCGGGCAGCCUCGGCAGAAUCAUGUCGUCAUGGUCAGAUGUCAUACAGGGAGAAAAAAGAACAUGCCAGGCUACAAGAAGAAGAUAAAGAACGGACAGAAAGAUUGAAAAUUUUAGAAUUAAGAAUCAAGACAAGGAAACAAACUUUAGAUGAAUAUGAAAAAAGAUAUGCUGAACUUAUUGAACAGAACAUAGUGCUUAGGGAUGAAAUAGAAUCAAAAGAACACAACACACUAGAUGAUGUCAAAGGACUGUUGCGGAAAUAUGAAAAAUACAGGGGUGGUAUAGCCACAUUAAAUACACAUUUCAAAAAAGAACAUUCACAAGCUUUAGAAGAUUUGGCUGCUGCAAAAGUACGACUCAAACGAAAAAUGGAAAUGGUGGAGAGGGAAGUGGCUGAGGUGGAUGCAAGAUUAAAAGAAAGACAAGAUGAGCUCCAUGUUUUAUUAAACUACAAGGAUAAAGAAUACCCUGUUAAAGCCAUGAAAAUUUCCAACCUACAGAAAGAAAUCCAAAGUUUAAAAAUUUCAAAUGAGGAAGAUCAGGAAGAACUGGAACAUAUAACAAGAACAGAGUUGAGUAAAUAUGAGCGUGAGAAGCAGACGACACAAAAUAAUGUCACAAAACAAGUUACAGAAUCGGCAAUAGAGAUGAUGCAUGAGAGUCUAAAAGAGAUGGCGCUACAAAAUAUGGUCAUGAAAAAAGAAAUAGAACUUCAUAAGAAGCAACAAGAAGAAUUAAUGAGAAGUAAUGCAGAAUUAGAGAGGUCUGUGAAACGGCUGUUACGAGAUCCUAAAACAAACCUCCGCCAACAAAUGUUCCCAGAGUUCUUCCUUUAUCAACAGAAAUGUACCCCAGACAUGGAUGUUGUGCUUGAUAUACCCACACAAAAAUGGCUUCCGAUCUAGCGCAGCUUUAAUCCUCACAAAUGUUCACAAUGACUAAAUAAUACUCUUCAUAAAUGGAGGCACAGUAUCUACAUUUCUUGGAAGACAAAUGUAGCUUACAAAAUGGAUGAACUUUGUAUAUUUUUAGACAGAUAUUAAAAAUGAAGGAGUAUUUUCUUUAUUUUGAUACUAUACAUGUUGUUCUUCUAUACAUGUAUAUUGUUGAGAAUGAUAUUCAGUAUUGCAUUUUAUAUAAUAUAAAUAUGAAAGGAUGUUGAAAGUUUCAUACUUUUUACUUUCUUGUUAUUUAAUGUCACAAUAUGAACUGUUUGUUACUGAAUGUUUAAAUGCAAAAAAUGUUUAUUUGAUGUACCCAGUAUUUCUGUGAUAGAAACAAAUAAAUUUUAUAUUAUG